CAAUGAUGAGGAUGAUGUAGAAGACAAUUCAGAUCAAGACAAAGACAUUGAGGAAAUUACACGCAAUUUGGAUUGGGACAAAGAUGACAGCAGCAGCAAAAAUGAGUCAUCUAAUUCUGAUUCUAAUUCUUCUGAUGAACAACUUGAAAUUGAUCUCAAGAAUGUCACAAAGCAGCUGGAUAUGGUUCCAUUAUAUGAGGUAGUUGAUAAAGUAAAAAGUGAUGGAUUAGUAUGGAAUGACUCAUACAAGAUUUUAGCCUUAGCAUCAAUCAAUGUUCUUGUCCACCCAUGCCCUUAUCCGGAUUUCACCAAAAUAGAAUGGUAUUCAAUAACUCUAGAGAAACCAUUUACGAUCAAACAGCCCAUAAUGGGACCAUCUUCAAUAUCUAAUAUGCUUCAAGAAGUGAUAAGAAAACAUUUAAUGCACAAGGACAGCUAUAUUUAUGCUGAUAGAUCAAUAUUGGAUAGAGCUGCAGCUUUCACAUUUAAUGAUUUGUAA